UGACAGCACACAUUUCAAGAGCUGGGUUGGUUUUGUAAUAAACAGAGUUUUGAGUGAGAUUUCAAGAAAUAUAAUCGAAGAAACGUCCGAAAUUACUCGUGUAUUGCUGAUUGGGAUUUAUACAUCCUCUAUUUCCUAUACUAAAUAUUUAGUUUGGGUACAUCAUAUUUUCAAUCGGCUCUAGUUUGCAUGAAGCAACUACAAUUUUAUAAACAAGUCAAUAAAGUGAUAGCAAUACAAUGCAAGCAGAAGAAAAACGCUCGAAACCAGUCGAUUUGGCUUCUUUAGAACCUACGGCAAGGGUCAAACAGUUAGCUAACUAUGGUGCCGUAGUAGAUGUUGAUCCAAAUGUUCCACCAAGGAGAUAUUAUAGAUCAGGUUUGGAGAUGGUUAGGAUGGCGAAUGUGUACUUGGCAGAGGGCAGCUUGGAAAAUGCUUACAUUUUGUACAUAAAAUUCAUGACAUUGUUUUUGGAGAAGAUUCGGAAACACCCCGAGUAUGCAUCAGUCCCCCCAUCUGUUAAAGCGGUUAACCAAACCAAGUUGAAGGAGGUGAUGCCUAAAGCAGAAAAAUUGAAACAAAAGUUACUUGACCAAUAUGCUAAAGAACAUGUUGCUUACGUGGAAGGGGAAAAGAGGCGAGCUGCUGCUGAAGAAGAAAGGAAAAAGCAAGAGAGGGAAGAUGCAAAGUUGGCUGAGCGGCUUCAAGCUGAUGAGAAUAAGAAGGAUGCACACACCGGAAAACCACAUCUUCUGCAUGCUGAUCAGUGGGCUGUGUCUCCAUCGGCGCCAGCGAUGGAUGGGGUGCUGUACCCGGAUGACUUUGCGAACGAGCCGCCGCGAGCGCCCUCACACCAUUACCAGCCAGUGCCGCCGCUCAUACCACCCUCGAGGCCGCAAACCGCGGGCGGCGUGGCGCUGCUGGGCGGGUCGCGGCUGCGCGGCGUGCUGGUGCCGGGCGCGCUGCUGCCGCGCUUCCUGCGCCUCGCCGCCGCCAACACCGCGCGCAACAUCGAGACCUGCGGCAUACUCGCCGGGAUACUCGAGCGCGACCAGCUGAAGAUUACUCACGUGAUAGUGCCCAAGCAGACGGGUACUCCCGACUCGUGCAGCACUAACAACGAGGAGGAGAUCUUCCACUACCAGGAUCAGCAUAACCUCAUCACUUUGGGCUGGAUUCAUACGCAUCCAACUCAGACGGCGUUCUUGUCGUCGGUGGACCUGCACACACAAUGUUCGUACCAGCUGAUGAUGCCCGAAGCUAUUGCUAUCGUCUGCGCGCCCAAAUAUAACGAGACUGGUUACUUCGCCUUGACGCCAGACUACGGAAUGCAGUUCAUCACCAAUUGUAGACAGACAGGGUUCCAUCCACAUCCUGAUGAUCCCCCACUGUUUCAUACGGUAACACAUAUAAAGGUGGACGAAUCAGCACCAGUUGAGGUAGUAGACUUGAGGAGAUGAACUACAUAGGACUACAGUUCACACCAUAUACGUUCACUUUCUUCCACCACGGCUUGCGUUCACUAGUAGUGCAUUUAUACCGCUUUUAGUACAGAUCAUAUAUCAUAUCAUAUAUGUUCAGAGCUAAGUAUUAUUCGGAGUAGUAAUACAUAGAGUAGUAGUACAUAGUACAUAGAGAUUGUAAAUUGUCAUAGUUAUUUCUUGUCGGUUCGACCACGGAGUAGGUAGCAAAUGAAGUGAUCUUACAGUCACUUGUAUAUUUUAAUACUAAUUAAUUUACAAAAAUCUGUAAGGUUUUUUUUAAAUAACUAUUAAUAAAAAAAUUCGGGUGUGGUAAAAUGGUAAAUAGGCAUCACUUAUUUACUUUUAUUGUCUUAUUUUAAAACACGUUCAUAACACACAACCCAUCCAUGUUCCUUCUGGAGCCUUCUGUAUUCCAGGGACGCGUAACUCUUUCGAACAAUCGUAUUUUCGAUCCAUUCGUUAUCUACUCCGUGGUACCGACGGGUAGUCAUGUUUCGUUAGCAUAAUCAUGCCUUUAUCAACUUUUGUAUAACAAGAGUCACCUAGAUUUGUGUAAGCGUUAGGAAAAAAACAAUUUGUUUUAACUUAUUAAUGUUAUUGUUGCAUUAUCAUUGCACUUAGAUUAAUUUAGAUCAUCACAGUGUGGAAGUAUAUUUUUUCGUUUUAAUAGGCGGCAAUGUGAUAUAAAUAUGAUAAAACUUCAUAGAUGCUUGUAAUUAUAAUGUUGUGUAAAUUGUAAUUGUUCAUGUUAUAAUUUUAUAUUUGUUACAAGCCAGUGACAAAGGGAGAAUCAUAUUAUUUUAAUAUUUCAAUAAAUACAAUUUUACGAACGGAACUAUCUUACUGUUUUAAAAUGCUUGUAUGCUUGAUUUCUGUUGUCAAAAUAUAUGAUUUCUAAAAAUAAUUUUAGUUCUCAUAGGGGAUGAUAUAUUCUAAAAUUAUUAUCGAGUCUGUUGAGAAUCAAAUAUUGAAAUUAAACAACAAUCUCUCUUAAAAAUAAUAUGUAUUAAUUAAGAUGGGUGUUGUUAUAUGUUUUAGGUUCAAAUUGCUUUUUAUAUCUUCGCUAUCUCUGAAUGGUAAACUAUCCGGCUUGUAUUUACUUGUAAUUAAUAAAUUAUCGCACUAUAAUAUAUAUUUAUAUAAGUAUAGUAAUAUGAUCGCAGCCUGAAGACUGAAGCUUAAAUUUUAUACAUAUAAAUAGAUAUAUUUAUAUAUGUAUAACUUCAAAUAAUUAUCGACGUGGUUUGUUAAUGACAAUGAUGAAAUAAAAUCUAUAAUUAUUAUUAUUUGCAAUAUAAAGUAUUUAUUUUUUGUAAAGGCUUUGAGUCUUAAGAUAAAAUCUAUUUUGUGUUUCACUUAGGUUCAAAUUACAACGAGAUAGUUAAGUGAUGCGUUAUUUUACUCAAAAUAACAGUUUAUGUACUUCAAAUUCAAAAUUGGAGGUUUUUUUUUGUAAAAGUAGGCGACAACUUAACUGACUCUCCAAACGAGCCUUUGUAAAUAAUAUAUUUCGUUUGUAUAUUAAUAAAAAAUCUAAUAUAUUCACUUGUGAUUGUUUGACUGCACUAAUUAUAAUUUCGUGCACAUACGUGUCGGGUGAUGUAAUCGUGCCAUUUUGUACGUAUAUCGGAAUGGGAUUAGUUGCGUGUCAAGGAACGUACUAGGAAUCAGUAGGUUUGUAAAGAUAUAAUCUCAUAACUGUUGAUAUUGAUAUGUUGGGGUAGGUUGGAAGUGGGAAAACGUUCUUAUUUGUACCAAUGAAUAUUAAUCUUUGUGUAUUUAAACUCAGACUGAAUUUAAUUAUAUAAUAGACUGAAUGAGUGUUGGUAUAAAUGAUUAUAAAUUUUCCUAUUGUGCGUAUACAGUUUGUAGUCACACUAUUAAUGACACCAUCCUUUUUGCUUAAAAGUAUCAACAUGAAUGAAAUAGCGUAAAGAUGAACAUUUGUGAUUCUUACUGCAUUUAAUGUGUAGUAGAAUGCAAUCUGUAUAAUAAAGGGCAUGUACUUGUACAUGUUAUAAUGUUAAUAACUUGAAUGUUCCAUCAACUUGAUUUCCUUCGUUUCGGAUGUGACUAGCGAAGCCAAAUUUUGCCUUGAUCUAAAUGUUGAUAGUAAAGUCCCGGCUACUGCAAUGUUAGAAAUAAAUGUGCAAUGAACGUCAUCUAGUAUGUAAGCGCAGUCUUAUGUAUGUGUGAUUCAACUAACACGGACCAAUGUGAAUAAAAAGUUUAUUAAAUUCA